AUGGAUCCUGCUGAGAACAUUAUUGGUUAUGUUGAUCCACUGAUCUGCUCUCCGGGCGACAAGGCCGAAGUGAAAGUAUCCUGUUACCAACCUACAUUCGAGAGUGAAGUCUUUCGCCUCGGCGCUGGUUACAAGCAUGAAAAUGCACCCCCAGUCUCGCAUCGACGUGUCGAGUCAAUUCCUAAGCAACGUCACGUAGGGAACAGCCAAUUGAGCAAGACUGGCUCUUUCUUGCGCAUUCCGUCGUGGAAUUGGUCCACUACAGCCGGUGUUGAUUCAAUUUCCAUUGAAUUUUGGUGUCAACCAACGCUUCCAACAGGAGCUGGCCACCAUCAAUAUCUAUUUUCGGUAUAUCAUUCUGUGUCGAAUGAUUCUGCGUCGUGCGAUGGUGUUUAUUGCUGUCUGGACAACUCCGGAUCUUUGCGUCUUGGGGCUGAUUAUGCAAAUAUUGCAAACCCUGCGAAAUUUUCUCUGAAAUUCGUAUCUUAUCAAUGGUAUCAUUUACAUUUCACUAUUGAGCCAAAGAAGAGUCUCGUUACAUUGAGAUCGAAGAUCACAGCAAAGGACAUUGGAGAGGAAACUAGCGUCACCAGUGAAGAACACGAAUUAUGGAUGCCCAUAUUAAAGACAUCGGAGAGACCUCUAAUCAUUGCCGGCUACGAAUCUCGUAAAAGGAGAGCUUCGCUCAAUGAUAAUCAUGGCAGCUUUAACGGAAAGAUCGAUGGCUUCAAGCUGGAGACAAUGGUAGAUGGGAGCACUGAUGUGCUACUUGACCUUGACUUUUCAAUAGACAUAUCAACAAAUAAGGUCCGAGACAAAAGCAAGUACAAACAUGACGGAGAAUUGAUCAAUGCACCAUCUCGUGCUGUCACAGGGCAUGAUUGGGACGCUAGCCAAGUCGACUGGACUAAAGCAAAGUAUGGGUAUGGUGCUAUUCAUUUCCACGAUGACGACUUGGACGAUGCUAUGUGGGAGACCAGCUUCACACUUGACAUUCCCAACGACAUUCCGUCAGGCUGCUACGGGGUUUCUGUUUCGGACGGCAAAUCAUCUGAUAUGAUACCGUUCUUUGUGCGACCGAAUCCCCUGGCAGCACAGAAUCCUCCUGUAGCGUUGAUAAUCCCCACCUUCACUUAUGCGGAACUCUGCUCUGACAUUGGACUAGCAUAUGCAAAUGAGCAUCUCCAUGAUGAAACUCGAACCGUUCAUUUUCCCGGCGACACAUCGAAACUCGACAAGUAUUCUCGCAUCCUCAAAGCCCGCGGGGACCUCGGGAUCUCCCUAUACGACAGCCACAACGACGGCUCCGGCACCACUUCCUCCUCUCUCAAACGCCCAGUCCUGAACAUGCGCCCAGACUACAAAAUGUGGCUAUUCGACGGCCCCCGUGAAUUAGCCGCAGAUCUCUGGUUCAUCUCGUUCCUCGACCGCGAACUCUCUACCCCUUCUAACCAGAGUCGGCCCCCUUACGACACAAUAACCGACCAUGAUAUCUCCGCGCAAGGCUCCUCCCUCCUCAACAAGUACAAAGUCCUCCUCUCCUGUUCUCACCCCGAAUACCCCACCUCCAGUAUGCUAGACGCGUACGCCACCUUCCUCGCUCAUGGUGGGCACUUCAUGUACCUCGGCGGAAACGGGUACUACUGGUCCACGACGCACUCGUCCACUUCUUCCCCUCACCGCAUCGAAGUCCGCCGCGCCGAAGCCGGCUGUCGCACAUUCCAACUUCCACCCGGUGAACACCAUCACCCCCUCACCGGCGAACGAGGUGGGCUUUGGCGCAGUCGUGGAAGACCUCCAAAUCAACUCUUCGGAAUCGGCAGCUGCGCUAUGGGCGUGGGGAAAGGGGCGGCUUAUGGCAUCACGCCCGCAGCACGCAACGACCCUCCACUAGUGCAUAUACUGAAAGGGAUAGAGAAGGAUGUCAUCGGCGACUACGGACUUGUCAACGGCGCCGCAAGUGGCGACGAGAUCGAUCGUCUGGACUACGGCCUCGGCACUCCAAAAAACGCGGUUAUAGUAGCGACGACGAAAUUGGCGGGUGGACACAGCGACGACUACAUGCUUUUUAACGAGGAAGUGUUGUAUCCGAUGGUGAACCUGAAGGGGACGGAGAGUGAGAAGGUGAGGAGCGAUGUCGUAUUUUUCGAUACACCGAGCGGCGGGGCGGUGUUUUCUGUUGGAUCGAUUAAUUGGGUGGGAGCUAUGGCUUGGCAUGAUUAUGACAACGACGUCGCGAGGUUGACGGCGAAUGUGUUGCAUGAGUUUCUCCGCCGGAGUGGGGAGCGUGGGUGA